AUGGACAUCAACGAUAUAACAUUGCGUCUUGCGGCGCUCACUCUUGUAGACUCAGAAUCUCCCAUUUCUCCCAUCGGCAAGCUUCCGUCUGAGCUGCAAGACAUUAUUUUUCAGAAGCUCUCCAAUGCUCAGCUCUACCCGUUUUUGUUCAUGAGGAGGACCUACAAAAGUGCUCGCCGUGCAUUGUACGGCGGUGUCCUAGCCGUACGUGUUCACAGUCCGCGAUCCAAAAACUUUCUUUCCCUGUGGAAAGCGCUCUCUCACAGCCCGGAGAUGAUUGGCCUCGCUAGAACGCUCCAGUUGCAAUGGCAUGCUCGUGGGCUUGCAGACGUGCACGAACUGAAGGCCCCCUGGACCAAGAUGCGAGACUGGCUUCUGCAAUACACGCCGACGAUACGGACUUUGGACGUUGAGAUCGGCCAUACGCAUACCUGGAAUCAAGUGAGUAUGGGCAUCUCCUCUCCGCUACUUGUGGAGAUCAUACUUCGCGCAUUUGACAGCAAGAAGUACCAGCCAGUCUCGUCAUCCUGGCUGACGGCCCUUCCAGCAGAUCAUCACGACUGGAGUCUUAGUCUCAUCAACUGCUACUUCCAUCCGGGGAUGGCAUCGUGGUUUGCAACGAGAAUGCGCGUCUCUUCCGUUGUCCGGCUUGAGAUCACCGGGUCUUGUUGGAAUUGUUCGUCCGCAUUCGUUUAUCCACAGUCGAGUCUCCCACGGCUGAAGCAUCUUCACUUACAGGUUCUCGCGUGCAAUCACAGCUGUCAACAUCAGCAACAGGCUAAGCCGCCACAUGUAAUGCUGCGAUCGCUCUCUCGCGCCGUGACGCGGCUUGAGAGCUUGCAUUUCAGCGGGCGCAUUCCUUCUCUGAUACAUGUCGCAAGUGUGAUUCGUGUCUACUACCCAUCACUACGUUGCUUCACGGCACCGGCGAGUGAGCAGCUGCGCCUGGACGAACUCCUAAACUACUCCAACGUCGAGAACUUCGCCUUCUAUUGCGACCAACAAGGCGAGCUGACGGAUGAGAAGUGGACGCUUCUUCGGAUAAUUCUGCACCUCGACCCACGCAAAGAUCUGUUCGCGCGACGGCUGACUGAUUUCAAGAAGGGUCGACGGAUUUCACUCGUACCCGCGUUCGAAAACGAAGACGUGCCUGCCUCCGCCCAACGCCGCACGAGGGCGCGCAUGGAACGGUUCCAGCUCGCUUUCCAAUUCUUCCGCGACGAGGUUUGGGGCCCGGACGGACGGGCUCGCUGGCGAAAGAACAUCGAAUGCCGCCCCGGAGAAGUGAAAAUCGGUGAACACUUCACCAUAGACCAUUCGGCGUUGGCGGUCUUGGAAUGA